AUGUCUUAAAUCAAUUUUGAGAAUGAAGGUUAUGAAUAUUAGCCAUCUGAACAUUCUGAUAGAGAGUAGCCAACACCAUCUAAACCAAAUCAACAACAACUAUAGUAAUAACAAUAAAGAUUCACUUAAGAAUCUCUUGUUUACAGUGCAUGUAAGAUAUUAAAUUCAAAUCUUCUUUAGCAUCUUAAGAUACAAAUCGUAUAUUUCAAUCAGUAAGUUCUCCUAAUUUCUAAAAAGGACCAUUAAUUCUAGUGAAUAAUGAAUAGGAAUAAUAAUAAAAUCAAGUUCUACAACCUAAAUAGUAAGUUAGUAAUUAAAAUAUGCCAAAAGUUGUACAGAUUAUAAGACCAGACAGUACAAAAAAAUAAUAAAUAUAACCUUAAAGUCCUAUUAAAACACCAGUUUAAGAAUCAAAAUUGCCUCAAUUUGUUUAACAAUCUUAAUAAUCUUAGAUGUCUUAACUUUCAUAGUAAUAAUAAUAAUAAUAAUAAUAAUAAUAAUAAUCAUAAUCUUAAUGUACAGUGAUAGAAUUGGAAUAAUAAUUAAUGCAGGAAAGAUUAAAUUCAGAAUAAUUAAGAAUUUAUAAUCACAUUAUAAAAAUGGAAUUAGAGAAAAAAUUAUAUAAUUAAGGAGUGUUUAUUACAAAUUCAAAAAAUAAAAAAAGAAAUGAGAAUGCUAUAGAUAUAUAUUUAGAAUUAUAACAUAAUAGAGUGUAGAUGUAAACUAUUUAGAAUGAAUUUAAAUAGAGAGAUUAAAUUAUAUAACAUUUAGAAAAUUAACUCAAAUAAUCUAAUUAAAUAAAUGAAUUAAUGAAAAAACAUGAUUAUGAAUUAUAAUAAUAGAAUGAAGAAUUAUCAUAAUCAAUGUAAGAGGCUAUGAAGAAUAUAACUCAUGCAAAUUAGACUAUAUAAUAAUAAGAACAAGAGAAAGAUGCUUUAAUUGAUCAUAUAGAAUAAUAAAAGGAAUAAAUUGAAUAAUUGUAAUAAUAAGUAGAAAAAUUGAAAUUUGAAAAUUAAGAAAGAAAGAAAUAAUCAGAAACAUCAAAUGAAUAAAUAAAAAAAAUGAUAUAAAUUUAAGAGAAACUUGGUUAAUUAGAAGAAGAAUUAUAAUUAAAAAAGAAUGAAGUUGUUACGGCAGAGAAUUCAAAAAAAGUAUAAAUUAUUUAUAUUAUUUAAGCAAUUACAAAAGAAUAUUUCUGAUAAAUAAAAAGAAAUUAUGAGUUUCUAAUUAUAGUUGACUGAAGCCAAUAAUAAAUUAUUAGAAUGUGAAUAAGCAAAUAGAGAAUUGAGUAGAUAAUUUAAUUAAAGUGUUUAUUAAAUGUCAUAACUUAAAAAGUAUAAAAUAUAUAUAAUAUUAGAUAAACUGAAGAAUAAUAAAGUAGAAUUGAAAACUUAGAAUAAUUAAAUUAUGAAAUUGAAAGUAAUAUGACAAAGACAGGAAGAUAAAUUUGUGAAGCUGAUAGAAUGAUGAAUGAAAAAGAAUAGUUAAUUAAAAAAUAAUAAUAAGAAUUAGAGAAUAUAUUAAAAUAAAAUGAAGAAAUGUCAAAAGAAUUUAAUUAAUUAGUUUAAGUACAUUAAUAAUUUGGGGCUUUGAAUGAAAAACAUUAAUAAUUUUAAUAAAAAUAUGAAAUAUUAUAAAAAGAAUAUUAGUAAAGAAAUAAAGAAUUUUAAGAAGCAUCUUAAUAAAUUGAAAUCUUUUUAUAAGAAAUUCAAUAAUUAAAAUAAACUAAUAAUGAACUUUAAAAUGAAAGAUAAUAAAUAUUAGAAGAACUUGAUAUUUUAUAAUAAGUUAAAUAUGAAUCAGAAUAAACUAUAUAGUAAUUAAAAUUUGAUAAUAAUGAAUUAUCAUUGCUCUUGUAAGAAAGAUAAGAAUUAAGUGGUAAAUAUCAUGCCUUAGAAAUUAAAUUCUAAGCAGAUAUAGAAUAUUAUGAAAAGUAAUUUUAUAUUAUUAUAUAAAUAGAACAAUAAAGGAUAUGAAUGAGAAAUUAGAAUUAUCUUAAAAUACAUCUCCAAAUAUUGCUUUGGAAGAAAAAAGAUUAGUUGAAUUACAUAAGAUUUAUGAAAAACUUGAUAGGUUGCUAUUUCAUUUAACAUAAAAAAUUUCUAAUGAAAAACCAUCUUUCAAGGUAGAUGUAGUAAUCUCAUAGUUAAGUGGAUCUAUUGAAUAAAUUGAAAAAUAUUUCAAAUUAUCAAGCAAUCGAUCUUAAUAAGAUAAAUUUUAGAAUUCAUAAGGAUCUGUGAUAAAUGAAAAUAAUAAAAUAAGUACUAAUAGACCUUCAGAUGCAGAAUUAUUCAAAAAUAAUGACAUAACAAAUAUUAAAUAAAUCUAAACUUAGUAAACAGUAGCAAAAAGAAAAUAUUUUUUAUGA